GUGUGGGGUCCUGAGGGAUGCUAGCGCCACCUCCUCAGGCCUUGGGGAGCAGAGAGCCAAUCAGUCAAUCAAUAAAUGACUUUUAUUAGGCCCCUGCUGUGUGUCAGACUCUCUCAGGAGGGACUUUGCAAGCUAUGGAGGAGUCCGGGUAGGGCUGGAAGGGAAAUAGAGGUGGGAAGAAGGGUGCACCCCCCCACACACUCCCCGACAAUUCCUGUAUAGCUCCUCCCCCACGAUAGCCCUAAACCGAGGAGCCAAGGCAAAAGACUCCAUUUCCCAGAAUGCCUGCGUCGUGAUUCAUAUAAGCCGUGGCCCUCCCCCAAGAAGACUAUUUCCCGGAAUAUCUAGGUUCUGAGAUUUUGGCAGUCUGAACUUCUGGUAGCCCUGCGGCUGUGUUUCUGGGACCUUUGCUAGGUGCACCCAGAGGAAGUCUCUCCGCCUCCGGCUGCCACCCCCUGAAGGACCCCAGGGUGACCCCAGCAGAGAGCCCGCAGCCAGAGGAAUGGCCCCCGGGACCCCGAGGCCCCCCUCCCAGGGGUCAAUAACAUUCAAGGAUGUGGCUGUGAACUUCACCCAGGAAGAAUGGUGCCUAUUGGACCAUUCUCAGAAAGCCCUGCACCUAGAGGUCAUGCUGGAGAAUGUGCAGAAUCUACGCUCUGUGGGACUUCCAGUUCCUAGAGAAAAUUUUAUCUCCUGUUUUCAGCAAGGGAAAGCACCAUGGCUACUAGAGCAAAAAGGCCCAAGGAGCUCCUGUCCAGCAGAGACUAAGUUGUCUACAAAGGUGAGCCUUUUUCUAGAAGGAUCUGGCCCCCAACGAUGCAUGAGUGAGGAUCCUCAUGGCUUCCUUUUGAGAGAAAUCUGUAAUUCUACUAUCAAGGUAAAUAAAACUCCAAAGAGUGACUGUGAAUUUGAUGAAACUGCAGAGAAAUUCAGCGAAUAUUCAGUCCUAACUCAGAAUAUGAAAUUGACCUCAGAAAAUGACUAUUGUCAGGAAAGUGAAUAUAGGAAAUGCUUUCCUGAAGAAGUAGGACUUGUUCAAUCACCUGAGACAGCCGAAAUGCCCGUGUAUCAAGGUAGCAUAGGAAGAAUGGCCUUGGGCUGUAGUUCAGACUUCAUUAGACAUCCAAAAAAUAAACAUGUCGAGAUGGUUUCUGUGAGUGAUAAUGGUGGGAGACCUUUCAAUCAGAAUUCUCAGCAUGCUGCACCUCAGGAAAUCCACACUAGAGAGAAAGCUGUUGAAUGUAAACAAUGUGGAAAGACUUUCACUCAGAGGGACUAUCUUACCAGACAUCAGAGAAUCCACACUGGAGAGAAACCUUAUGAAUGUAAACUCUGUGGAAAGGCUUUCACAUGGAGGGACUCUCUUGCAGCACAUCAGAGCGUUCAUACUGGAGCGAAACCUUAUGUAUGUAAACAGUGUGGAAAGGCUUUCACACAGAGGUGCAAUCUUUCUACACAUCAGAGAAUCCACACUGGAGAGAAACCUUAUGAAUGUAAACACUGUGGAAAAACUUUCACAUGGAGUGCCUCUCUUGCUACGCAUCAGAGAAUCCACACUGGAGAGAAACCUUAUGAAUGUAAACACUGUGGAAAGGCUUUCACUCAGAGGGACCAUCUUACCAGGCAUCAGAGAAUCCACACUGGAGAGAAACCUUAUGAAUGUAAACAGUGUGGAAAAGCUUUCACACAGAGUGGCACUCUUGCAGCACAUCAGUUGAUCCACACUGGAGAGCAACUUUAUUGUAUUGGAUAUGUAGUAGGUACUUUGGUAAUUGGGUAAACAAUGAUAGUUUUUUGAAAGAUUGGGAAUAGGUGGAUAAGAGAGAGGAGUUGAGUGAGUUGUAUUUCUUUAAGUCAGAGUAGAUUCUCAAAGAGAAAUGAUGGGAAGAGUUUGGGAAAUUUAGUUGAACCAACAAUCACCCUUUGGGCUGUCCUGAUCCAGGAAGUUUUUCCAAGGAGCUUGCUCUGAGAGUUGGAGAAGAUCUGGUGAAUUUUCUGAAAAAACGUCCUAGCAGACAAAAGAAUAGUGGUACUCCAGUACCUCUGUUUUGCCAGUGGUGGCAGGAGAGAGCAAAGGAUGAGUGGAGAAGUCCAUGAAGUUCUAACAAGCUGAAUUUCAUUUGAGCAGCAGGAAAGAAAUCUUAUCUUAUUCCUCUAUUCCUCUCUGUUUAUUAAGUUCAUAUUUUAGUUUAAAGUAGAAAGUUAAUUUAGUUUUGGGAAUUAGUUUAGUCAGUAAUAGUAGUUUUAAGUUAAGCUUGUGAAUUAAAGCAAGAAGAAAAUCUCAUGAGAGACAGUUGGUUGUGGGUUGUUAGCUAGUAUUGAUUAGAUUUAGGGAAAUAGAUUUCCUCAACUUUCCAAUUACAGUAUCUCCAAUUUCCUUUUCCUGUCAUUGUUCCUAUAGAAGUAAAUAUGAAUAAAUAAUUUUUUAUACAAGAUUUAUCUUCAGUCAAGUCUCUUCAACUACUGGUGCUCCCAAUUCCCAAUAACUAAAUCUGUUUACAGGCUAUUAUAUCUACAAUCUAUAACUAAUCUAAACUCAAAAUAACAGAGAAAAUAAUCCUUUAUUCUCCAGCAUGCAUUUAUUAGUAUUAGUAAUCUUUGAUUGGCAACUUCCUAUAGAAAAUUAGUGAAAGUUUGGUGCCCAUCAGAAGGGAGAUACUAAUUUCUCCUUAUGAAAAAUAGCGAAACCCCCCUCCCCAGCAGCUUUGUAUUUAUACAUGAAUAUACACCUUCAAUUCACUCUUUUCUAAUGUGGCCAAAACCUCUCCUUUUUAAAAAUUAUCAUGGAUUAAGUGGUUAGAUUCUGAUUGUGUGAAGGCAAUCAAGGAGUGGAGUGAGUUACAAGGAUAGAAUGGCAGCAGGAACAUGGCAGCUAUAGAGUCAAAAAAUCAGGAGGCAGGAGUCACGGCAGAUGUCCCCUGCACUGUAUUCUGGAGUACCCCUAUGGGAGGCCCAUACAAAAAUAGAAAGCCACAGUUGGCUCCUGGGAUGAUGUGUGAGGAUUAGUUGGAGGAGAAAAAGUUUAAUAAACUGAGAGAAGAGCAGAUUUCACUCUAUUUUUUUUUUUUAAACCCUUACCUUCUGUCUUAGAGUCAGUACUAUGUAUUGGCUCCAAGGCAGAAGAUUGGUAAGGGCAGGCAAUGGGGGUCAAGUGACUUGCCCAGGGUCACACAGCUGGGAAGUGUCUGAGGCUAGAUUUUAACCUAGGACCUCCUAUCUCUAGGCCUAGCUCUCAAUCCACUGAGCUACCCAGCUGCCCCCUAUUUUGUUUUUUUUGUUUGUAGGACUUUCCUGUCAGCAUGGCUAAGGGGCCUCCUUCCCCCCAUAGGUUUUAGCCAGAGGGCCAAAUAUCUUCUCUUAAAUUAAUCAAACUUGGGCAUACAUGUACCCAUGGGUACAAGUACCCAUGGGGAAAUCCUGCCCAUACACCUGGCUCCCUGAGACUCUGCAGUGCUCCUUAGUGUCCAUGUCUCCCUAAUCACUGGAUGGACAAAGAAGGGGAAAAGGCCUGGGACAGAACCAUGGUUGGCUGUUAGAAUAUGGUUAAACAUGCAGUAAAAGAGACAGAGAAGGACUGGUCAUACAAGUAGGAAUAAAACCAGGAGAGAGCAAUGUCACAGAAAGCGAGAGAAGAGAAGACCAUGGAGGAGAUGAUGAACAAUACCAAGAGGUCAAGAGAGGCAGGAUGACUUGAUUUGGGAAUACAGUUCUUUUACUAACUGGCCCUGGGAACUUGAAUUCUCUUAAUCCUCAGGGUUUUAGUUCUCUUCUCUAAAAUUAUUGGAGUAGAGUAAUGGUCUUCAAGAUUCCAUCCACUUCUAAAUUCUAGUGUCCUUUGUAGUUCCUAGAUAGGAAAACAAUAUCCUAGUUUUGACCUGACCGGGAAAGAAUAACACACGAUCUUUACCUCUUUGAUUCUAAUUGUUGUCCAGUCAUUUCAUUCCCGUCUAACUCUUUGUGACUUCAUUUGGAUUUUUUUCCUUUUUGAGAAAAAUAAAGAAUUGGUUUGUCAUUUAUUUCUCUAUCUUGUUUUACAAGUGUGAAAACAGGCUGCCUAGUCAUUAAACUUCUGCUAAUUCAGCUUUGAAAAGCA